CACAAUAAAACGCAACAAAUAAAAAGUCCCAUUGCUCACUCUUCUAGGUACGGUCCGAAUGUUGUUUGUGACCGAUACUGACGAAUGUGGUUUUUUUUUGUUGCUAAAGCAGACCGACUCGAUUGUAUUGAUCCUUUUCAAGAAUUUGAUUGAAAGCUAAUAAGGUGAUUGUUUUUGUAUCAUUUAGAAUCAUCAAAUGUGAUUAUUUUUUUAUAACAAUCUACGAAUUCAAUAAACCAUAAAAUUCUGGUGAAGUAAAUUUGAAAAUAAAUUUCAAAGUUGACUAAUUUUCUUAUUUUCAUGAAAUCCAAACUUAUAAACCGGACUAUAUUAUUUAAUAUAUAUGAUGGACAAAACGACCGACAUCAUUAUCGCUUCCAAUGAUGAAUCAACAUCCCAAAUAAAACGAAAGCCGAUUAAAUUGGCUAGUCAGGUUGUUGUCAGCAAAACUGCUUCUUCAUCAAAUCGAAAUUCAUUCUCUCGACACAACUAUGAUGGACACAGUCGAUAUUCGGAACCCGAUGAUGAUGAUGAUGAUGAUGUUGAUUCCGAUGAUCGUGAAUUAGAUGCAAUUCUCAAUGAUCACGAUGACGGUGAUUCUCUUGAUGAUGAAAUCGAUAUCAGACGCCAACAACGACGCCGGCGUCCAUCGAUUGAUAAAGACCAUUAUCGAACUGAUGAUGAAGAUUUAGAACCAAAACGUAGACGGACAAGUAGCUUAUCGAACAAUAGUGAUAUCUAUCAUAAUCAUCAUGGAAUAUCUAGCAAGUAUCAUAAUUAUCCUCAUCAUGAUCGCACUAAUCGAUCACAAUUAAUUGAUCGUGACUAUAGACAUCGCUCAGCUUCGGUAGAUAAACAUGAUAGUUAUGAAGUUGAUCAUGAUUCGAAUCAUUCUUAUCAUCGUAGAAAAAAAGAUCGAAGCAGAUCAAGAUCAAAUGAUCGAAAUUAUCGUUCGAAAAGUAUGGAUCAAAAUGAUCGAUAUGAAGACAUUAAUUCCGGAACCAAACUGUCGACAGAUUUGAAGAAAAAAUCGUCAUCAGAAUUACAACCCAUAAUCGGUUUAAAAAAAGAAUAUGAAACAAAGUUAUUAAAUAGCGAUAAAGAAUAUCCCAAUAAAAUCGCUGAUCUCCGUAACGCUUUGAAAGAGAUGAGCCGGCCGGAUCAACGAAAAUGGGUGUAUGCCAUCGAUGAUGCAAAUCCUGUACCAUUGAAAAUCGAAAACGAUCCUAAAUGGAUCUAUUCGGAAAAAAUUUCUGAAGAUGAUGUGAAAAAAUUAAUCAGUCAGCGUUCACUUGAAUUAACCGAAGAAAACAAAGUGAUUGCGAAAAAAUUUUCAGCUUACAAAAUAAUUGAUGCCGAUGUGGAUAAAGUUGACAUCAAUGAGACUGAUGUGGAAAAGCCUAUCGCAACAAUUAAAUCAAAAUGUGAACCUAAAUUGAAGCUAUCGAAAUCAAUGAACGGAAAAAAUCAAAAAUCAAAAGCAAAAAACGCGGCUGGAGCUAAAAAAUCCAAUCCAAACAAAGAUCCUGAAGCUCAAUUCUUUACAUUGAAUUUGAGGGACGACAAAGAUGAAGAAGAAGAAUUUGAUGGUAUCGAUUAUGAAUCAUUGUCAAAAAAAUUGGCUCAAAAAGAUGCUGCAGCUCUUCGUCGAGCGAUGGCUGAAAAAUGGAGAAAGAUUGUAGACGAUGAAGAACGAGCUGUAGCUUUGGCUGCUCAAAAAGAACGUGAAAAAUUGAAUCAAAAAACUGCGGCAAUAUUAAAAUCAAAGGAUGUUAAACCCGCAAACAAUACUAAAGACAAAGAAAAAGAAGUUAAACAAGAGAAAGUAGAAAAAGAGAAGUCUACUGAAUUAGAAGUGAAAACUUUUGCCGGCGAAAGCCUUGUUGAUAAAGUGACAUCUAUACGAGAACAGGCAAAACGUGAAUUGGAAGAACUUGAGCAACUAAUGCGUCAAAGAGCAAUUUUGAUGGCUAAAUUAAAAUCAGAAAAAUUCGAGGAAGGUGACGAUGCCGAAAUAAUCAAUAUUGAUCUCAAGAUAAAAUGUCAUUCUAAGGAUAAAGGUGAAGAUUCAUUACUUGAUGAACGUUCAAAGCCUGCGUCUAAUCCUAGUAAUAACAAAGAUAUCCAAAUUGAUAAAAAUGAUGAAAAAUUCACUAAUAACGAUUCUAAGAAGGAAUCGAAAUCUAAAUCAGAUUGUCGGAAAUCCGAUGAUGACAGUGAUGAAAAUGUUAAACAUAGAAGAUCAAAGCAUAAAAAACAUAAGAAACACAAGAAAAAAUCCUCUUCGCAUUCACGUCGCAAACAUCAUCAUCGUAGUCGUUCGAAAGAAAUGUAUGAUGAAAAAGGUGGCCAGAAAAAUUUCCAUGAUGAUUAUGAGCGCGACUAUCGACGGCGUGAUACUGAUUAUCGAUAUAAUUAUGAUAAUAAAAAUGACGAUGGAUAUCGUUAUGAGGAUUCCCGUUAUGCUCGUACAGAAUAUCAACAUCAUCGUAAUAGACGAGAUUAUUAUGAUGACCGUUCAUCAGCGUACCGUGAUCGUUAUCGUGAUGAUCAACGUUCUCAUCUUGAUGAUAUCGACUCAUAUCAUCAUCGUUCUCCUAGAGACAAUUAUCGCGAUUAUUAUAACCGUGAUGAUAGAAAUGGUAAUAAUGAUGAUGAUUACAGACAUCGAUCCAUCAGAGAUUAUCGGGAAAAAGAAGAAUCUAGUCGCCACCGUUCAAAGGAUCCUUACCAUUACCGUUCAGCUGAUGAUCAAAAUCGAUCAUCAGAUUAUUAUGGUGCCAAAGGUUAUCGCGAUACUCAGACAUCUCGAUCUAAUCGAGAUUACCACCCUCAAAGUAUUGAUAAUCGAAAACGUUCUUCGAUCUCGCGAUUUGAUCGGGCCAAAGGUCAUUCCUCUUCUUCGUCGGAUGAUGGAGCCGAUGAUAUCGAUAUCAAAGAUUUGGACGACGAAGACAAUGAAGAGAAAGAAAUUGAACGCCGUCGAAGGCAGCGACAAGAACUCUUGAAGAAAUUACAAUCUACUAAAACGAGUUCUCUGGAGGAAACAUCAAAUGAACCGACUAAUUUUUCGACCACAGUCUGUGACUGUGAUGAUUCAACAUCUAUGACUUGUAAAUCUGACACGAAAGUUCAAGGCCCAACUACAUUUGAAUCCAUAUUGAAAAAUAACCCACAACCAAAUGAGGAGAAAAAACAACAACUACAAAAAGCAAAGCGUAAACAAUUUGACAUGUUUGCAGAUGAAAAAGAUGAAUUUGAAGAUCCUGUUGCACGGUUACACCAAUUUGGACAUCUGGAUGAAAAAUCAUUGGCCAAUAAAAAUUCCCAAAAUCAUCAAAAUAGCCAAUCACAUUUGAUCGACAAUUGGGAUGAUUCCGAAGGAUAUUAUCGCAUUAGAAUUGGCGAAAUGUUGGACAAUCGCUAUUCAGUUUAUGGGUUCACCGGACAAGGGGUCUUUUCCAAUGUUGUUCGUGCCCGUGAUAAAAACAAAGAUCAACAGGAUGUGGCCAUUAAGAUUAUUCGAAACAAUGAAGUAAUGCACAAAACCGGAUUGAAAGAGUUAGAAAUGUUGAAAUGUUUGAAUGCAGCUGAUCCGGAUGACAAAUAUCAUUGUCUUAGGCUAUAUUCAUCUUUCUAUCAUCGACAACAUUUAUGUCUUGUAUUUGAACCAUUAGCCAUGAACCUACGAGAAGUGUUGAAAAAAUAUGGAAAAGAUGUUGGUCUUCAUAUCGAUGCCGUGCGGUCUUAUGCUCACCAACUAUUCCUGGCUUUGCGUUUAUUGAAGAAGACAUCUAUACUACAUUCUGAUAUAAAACCUGAUAAUAUUUUGGUCAAUAAUAAAAAAACUGUCCUAAAACUUUGCGAUUUCGGUUCGGCAUCAUAUCUAAGAGACAGUGAAAUAGCACCAUAUUUGGUUAGCAGGUUUUAUCGUGCACCAGAAAUCAUUCUUGGAUUACAAUAUGAUCAUGCUAUCGAUAUGUGGUCGGUUGGAUGUACUUUAUAUGAGUUAUACACAGGCAAGAUUAUGUUCGCCGGCAAAAGUAAUAAUCAGAUGCUAAAGUAUUUUAUGGAUUUACGGGGAAAAUUUUCUCAUCGUAUGAUACGAAAAGCAACUUUCCGCGAUCAACAUUUUGAUCAUGAUUACAAUUUUCUAUAUCAAGAUAUUGAUCGUGUUACCGAAAAGGUGAAAAUUGUAACCUUAACAAACAUGCAAGCUAGCCGUGAACUUCAAUCCGAAUUGAUGGCUGGUCAACAAUUAAGCGAACCAUUGUCCCGUAAAGUUGGUCAACUCAAAGAUCUGUUGGACAAAAUCUUUGUCCUGGAUCCUAUACGUCGUUUGACUCCAUCACAAGCUUUGAUGCAUCCGUUUAUAUCGGAAAAAUUGUAAUCAUUGGAAUCAUUUUCUCGUAUUUGUACAGGUAAAUGAUAGGUUUUUUUUUUGCUAAUUUCUUCGCGUUUUUUGUACAAAAUGGAUAAAGUUUCGAAUUAGUGCACUCAUCAUAAACAUUUGUUUCAUUUUAUAAUUAAAAUGUAUUUCAGUUUCUUAA